AUGUCUUCCUCCGAAGAGGCAGCUUUGACAGCGGGGUCACCGCGCAGCUCCAUCUCCAAAACAACGCCAGAUGGACAUACAUCCACACGACCGGUGGAAAAUGACGAUGAAGGCGUUGAAGGAGACGAACAGCUCGAACGCCGUCUCCGAUUGAAGGUCGACCUCAGGCUCUGCACGAUCGCCGGCAUACUCUGCUCAUUGAAUCUCUUGGACUCCGGCGUGAUAUCGUCGGCUUCAGUCACAUCGAUGAUAUCUGACUUGGGCCUCGAAGGCAAUCGAUACUCCGUCUCCAUCUUCAUCUUCACUAUUGCGAGUAUUGCAUUUCAGCUCCCGUCGACCAUCGCUGUGAGGGCGUUCGGCCCUCGGAUAUGGUUUCCCUUCAUCACGGUCUGCUUUGGGAUCAUAACUAUGUGCACAGCUUUCAUCCACACGUGGAAGGAGAUGAUGGCAUUGCGAGUGCUGCUGGGCAUGGCGAUGUCGGGGAUCUAUCCCGGACUUUCAUAUUUGAUCUCGACAUGGUACCUCAGAAGAGAGCAGCAGACGCGGUACGCCUUUCUACAAUCUGGAGAGGUGAUUAUUUUGGCCACCGGCAGUAUCGUCAACUUCGGUCUGAACAAGCUCAAUGGCAAGGGAGGGUUGGAAGGAUGGAGAUACAUGUUCCUCGUUCAAGGCUUAAUCUCAAUCGUCAUUGGCUUUGUCACCUACUUCUGGAUCGUCGACUUUCCCGAGCAAGCCCACAACAGCUUCUACUUCUUGACAAAAGAAGAGCAGGCUCUAGCCGUCUCAAGGAUACAAAAAGACCGGAAGGACGUACAGCCGGACCCGUUUACCUGGGGCAAGGUCUUCUGCCAUGCGAGCGACCUCAAGGUGUACGGCUUCGCUAUUCUGUUCUUCCUACUCAAUUUGGUCAGCACCUCGCUAUCGUACUUCCUCCCUAUCAUCUUGCAGAGUGGCAUGGGCUUCAGCGAGAACAAAUCUAUCCUCCUAUCGGCUCCACCAUACUAUUACUCAGUGAUACCAGUCGUCGUCACAUCGAUCAUCAGCGAUCGAUACCACAUCCGCGGACCAGUCAUCACAUUCAACUGCAUCUGCCUGAUCGUCGGCUUCUGCAUGCUCGGCUUCACGGACCAGGUGGCCGUCCGAUACAUCGGAACCUUCCUCGCCACGGGUGCGUACGUGAGCAAUUGGGCGGCGCUUAGUGCAUACUACCAGAACAAUAUCGCCGGACAAUGGAAGCGGACGUUUACUGCGGCGACGGUUACAAUGUUCAAUGGCGCGGGCGGGAUUGCUGGUGCUUAUAUUGUUCGGCAGCCGGAAGCUCCGCGUUAUCUCACGGCGGUUUGGGUUAGUAUUGGGAGCCAUGCUGUUAUUGUUGCGAUUGUGGCUGGCUUGUCUGGAUGGUUCUAUGUCGCAAACAAGAGACAAAGGGCUGGCAAGGCGGUCUUGGAGAAGACAGAGGGGUUCAGGUAUACUUACUAA